AUGGCGAAGCGGACUUCUCCACUCUCCAAUACUAUCAACAAUAGCGAUAAUAGUUCCAAGAACAACAAGAACAAGAACAAGAAACGCAAAAAGAACAAGAACAAACCAAUGCAGAAUGAUGCUCCUCCUCCUCCUCCUCCCAUUCCUGUCACGGUUCUAUCGGGGUUCCUAGGAAGUGGCAAAACGACCUUGAUGAAACACAUUUUAACGUCCAUGGACCACGGCCUCAAGAUUGCCAUGAUUGUCAAUGAUAUGGCCGAACUCGACAUUGAUGGAAAGGUAAUCCAGUCGGCUGUGGUUGUCAAUAAACCAGAGGUCGUCACUUUGCAAAAUGGUUGCAUCUGUUGUAAUUUGCGGGGGGAUUUGAUUCGGGAAAUAUAUCGGAUACAACAGUUGGGUCAAUUUGAUUAUGUUUUGAUUGAGAGUACUGGAAUUGCCGAGCCCCAACAAGUGGCCGAGAGUUUUUGUGUGGAUCCGGAAACCAUGGAAUUGGCCGUGGAACAACUGACGAGGACUGCUGGUGACAACGACAAUACUCCAAAUGUCACGGGGAAAAUGCUCUUGAAUGCCGCCAAUUUGGACACUUGUGUGACAGUGGUAGAUGCCUUGCACUUUCCCAAAUAUCUGUCGAGCCUUGAACGAUUCAAGGAUAUCUUUGACGACGGUUUGGAUCAGGCUGCCACCAAUUCGGAAGAAGAGGGGGAAAAGUCCAUUUCGCAACUCAUGAUCGAGCAAGUUGAAUUCGCAAAUGUCAUUGUGUUGAACAAGACUGAUAUGGUGUCAUCCGAAAAGGAAUUGAAUACCAGCCGUGCCCUUAUCAAGACCCUGAAUCCCAAGGCCAAGGUCAUUACGGCUUCCCAUGGCCAGAUUGAUGUCAAGGAAAUUUUGAAUACGGGUCUCUUUGAUUUGGGUCAAGCCAGCGAGUCGCCUGGAUGGUUGCUUUCGUUGAAAGAACAUGGGGUUAGUGGGGCACCGGGUGAGGCCGAUGAAUAUGGCGUCACUUCCUUUGUGUACAAGAAUCGGUCUCCCUUUCAUCCAUUUCGUCUCUACAAAUUCUUGCGUCAAUUCUUUUGCUUUGCCAACGAAUGGAAUGCUUCCUCGCCCGAAUCAUCCGUAAAGAAGAUUGGCAAGGAUGACCAAACAAAAGCUGCGUUGAAUCAAAAGUAUGGUCGCAUUUUGCGGAGCAAGGGCAAUUGUUGGUUGGCGGGACGGGAUCGUCAUAUUUACGAUUGGGCGCAGACGGGACAGAUAAUGGCCUUGCAACCGGGACAGCCCUGGUUUUGCACCUUGCCAGCCGAAGAAUGGGGAAUCUCACUAUCCAUUGAAGAUAUGAAAGCAAUCAAAGACUCGUUCUAUGGACAAGACGCCAAGUCGGGCAAGAAGAUUCCUCACGAUUUUGGAGACCGCCAGUCCGUGGUUGUCUUGAUUGGAACGGACUUGAAACAAGAGGCCAUCACACAAGCAUUGAAUGACUGCUGCUUGUCCGAGGAGGAAUUGAAAGCCCAUACUACUGAUUUACCGUAUGGUAGUUACGCAGACCCUCUCCAACCGAACGAGGUCGUGGAGUGCGACGGUGUCCGAUCGUUAUUCAUGGUGGCAAGACAUGGUCAAGACCAACACUUUCACGUCCCCAGAGGGUCCUCCUUUACAAUACAAAACUUGUCUCUUUUGUUCCACCCUGUGAAACUCGAUUAUAAUCUUUGUUACAUGGUUCGAGUAUGGUUGGAUAAGACGGAUGUGACCAAACGGGGAGUCUUGUUGGCCACACUUCGGGCCCCUGAAUACGAACAGCAUUCCAUGUGCAUGACAAUCUUGCCGUGCGAUGUGAAUGGGGGGGAAAUGGAUUCCAAUCGAAGGCUUCGUGUGGAAGUGAUCGUGACUGCCAAAGACCGAACCGAUCCGACUCUUGAUUUGAUGCAACUUUGCGAGGUGCACAUCGUGGGAAAAGUGGAACCAUUGCCUUUUUCCGAAGAUGAUGAGAUGCAAGCACAAGAAGCCAUGACGGACGAAGAUACUGACGAUGCUAAUGAAGACGACGAGGCAUGCAAAAGGCAAUGA